AUGGCUUCAAGGCCAGAUAUGCGUGUAGUACGCGGAGUAACAUCCAAAAAGAAGACCGACAUAGAACAGGCUGCUACUCUUCAGCGAGCAGGCCAAAAUGCUUACAAAGUUGGGGAUCUCCAAGGCGCCAUCGAGUCCUUCACUCAAGCAUUGGUGGCAAACAAUGAGGAUGCUGGAAUUUUGGAUAAUCGUGCCGCCACAUAUUGCAAGUUGAAGCAGUACAGCCAGGCCCGCGCUGAUGCCAGGGCUAUGGUUAAGCUUGCACCCAACGACGACCGCGUAAUUAUCCGCCUCUUUGCUUCCUUCUCAAUUGUGGGUUCAUCGCUGACUUUGAAAAAGGGAUAUCUGCGCUUGGCAAAAGUUCUAUGUCUAGAUGGGAACUUUAACAAGGCCCGAGACAUCUAUGAAUAUGCCCUCCAAAAACUUCCAACUGAUCACCCAGGCCGUGGGCUUCUCGAGCAGUUACUCAAGAAACUACAGGAUAAGCUAGCAGGAGGAAACCGGCGCGACCCAUUCACGAUCCUGCCACUAGAGCUCGCAGAACUCACGCUUCAGCAAUUCUCCUUCAGACAGGUCGUGGCAAUCAUGCGCGUCUGCAAAGGAUGGAACCGGUUUUUGGGUGGUCUGACUAGCCUCUGGAUGCAGGUUGACCUCACCGGAGCUAGAUCUCGUGUACCUUGGACAUCUAUCCGGAACUACAUCCACCGAUCGCGGGCGCAACUGACCAAUGCUACUAUUACAAAUCUCGUACCCUCUACCACACCCAAGGUGCUCGACAUGCUGAGCAGAUGUCCUCAACUAGAGCACCUGGAGUUGAUGGUUCGCUAUGACUAUCCUAAAGAAUUCUACCUUAAAACCAAAGAUUUUCGACGUCUGAAGAGUCUCGUUUGUGGGGCUGACAUCAGCCUUUCUCAUGCGUGUGUUGGGAGUAUUUUAUCUACCCUCUCGCAACUUGAGAAAGCUGUUUUUCUCCGUGUUUGGGACAAUCCUAUCAGAGGGCCACCACCCACGUCGACAUGGCCUGAACAUCUCCCAAAUAUGAAGAGUCUAACUAUUGGGUCUUCGCAAGAAAAUCCUCACGGCUUGAUCUUCCAGGAAGUGAUUCCGGGGUUAGGAUCGUCUGUAUAUCCCAAUCUAGAGGAGCUGGGGCUCGUUUGGGAUCCUGCUCGGUCACAAUCAUUCCGAUUUCACCCGGUGCAAGAGAAUGAAUAUCUUCCCCCGCUCCGAAUACUAGAUCUUCGGGGCGCGACUAUCCAUUCCGGUUUCUAUCAAAACCUUCCAACCUGCCUUGAGACUCUACGGUUUUUCUCAGGGUCCAUCGGGCCUGCUCACCUUGGUGGAAAUACAUUGUUGGAGGGACAGAAUAAACUCCCAAACCUGAAGACCUUGAUAUUCAAUGACACCCCAUGGGUCAAUCACUCAACACUCGUUAUAUUCCUACUUCAUUCCGAAGCUCCCCUCCGAACCCUUCAUGUGAACCUUUGCCACAACAUGAACAGCGCGGUGCUCAUCGACAUUCUUAACCUUCUCGACGAAUUUAAUCCAGAAUUAAAAGAAUUAACCGAGUUGGGAGUUGCCUGCAUGGCUGGCAUGGAUGAUUUGUUCGCUAAACGUCUGUCGGAAAUGUUGCCAAACCUGAGAAUCCUUGACUUGUCGCAGACGAGAAUUACCGGCUGUACCAUUCGCAUGUUUGCGGAUGCCCGGAAUGAUGAAUUGGCCGUUGAAAAGCUUGACGCCUUAAUCAUAAAAGGAUGCGACGAUGUGUCUCGUGAUGCCAUUGACUAUGGCCGGCAAAUGGGACUCAAGAUUGUCACCUAG